AGGAGUCAGAGGACGCUCUAGGCACGACAUAUCACCCUGCGCUCGAGUGGCAGGGCGACGCACCCUUCAAUGACGUUGUAUGGACUCAAGCGCCCUUCGCUGGGCCGUCAGCCGCAGCGUAUGCACCCUCCACCCUGGGGAACACCAGUCGGCUAUCGUUGCGGCUCAUCCGCAUGCUGCCCACUACGCCCGAGCGACUGAAGGUCGUACACACGAUCAUGUCGCGCUCCCAGACACUCGCUAUCAUCGAUGGCUACACUCAGGUACAGUUCGGGAGAGAUGCUGCACCACCCGGCAUGGAUGUGCCGAGGAUACGACUCAAGGAGAUGGAGGUGUCGAAACUGCACGCGACUGUGUACUUUGAUGAAGAGAAGAAGCAGUGGGCCGUCGUCGAUAUGGGCUCCAAGCAUGGAACGUAUCUUCGCCCGAGACAAUCUGUCGCAGCCGCGCCUGCACCAGGUGCAUCACCGGGCGGAACAGAUCCACGAGGCCAACGUCUGUCUGGGCCGCGAGUAUCCAGCAUGCCUCGCGCCCUGAAGCACCUAGACGAACUCUCACUCGGAACCACAGCAUUCAUCGUACACAUCCAUGAAGACCAGCGACCGUGCGAGUCUUGCUCCUCUAAAGGCGGCGACGAGAUUCCACUAUUCUACGUAUCGAAGGCGGCUCAGGACCAGGAGCCCGCUAAGAAGCGGAAACGCGAAGCGACCGGGCCUCUUCCGCCAUCGGAUGCAAAGAAAUCGCUCCACAUACUCAAGAAGACGAUGCUAUCGAGACACAGUGCGCCAUCUACACCCAGUCCAAGGCAAUCCGAAGGGUCCCACGGAUAUACGGAUCGCAGCGCGCGCAGACGAGCCCUUCACUCCAGUAUUCCAGAUGCGCCAGGUGUUCCACCAAGAACAGCUGCGUCAUCGGUACCUCCUUCUCGCCCUGUAACACCACCACCUCCGGAGCCUGUCUCGGCUCCACCCGCGCCGCUAUCUAGCACGAAUAUCGGCCAUCGGUUGCUGAUGAAGCAGGGCUGGUCUCCCGGCACGACUCUUGGGCAGGAUUCUGCAGGCUUGGAGCGUGGGACUACUGCGCUCGCAGAACCUAUUCAGGUCAACGUACGGCCGACCAGAUCGGGGCUUGGUGUUCCUGACCACGCGCUGCCUGAUUUGCAGUCCCAGCCGAACACGUCCUGGAAAGAAGAGGGGAAGCAACGGCGAUGGGCAGAUUUGCAGUCUGGAUAACGAGGAUCCAUAUGAUCAGUAUCCUUGUAUCAGCUAUCAUUCCAUGGCGUCAUUCCAUUUGACCAAGCUCCCGUCGCCAUCGGUGUUGGUACCUGCCCCGUUGUUCUUGACACCGCGAUCUUGUUCGCAUCCUUUUUGUUUGGGCUUUCUCUUCGCGGUCGAGUCGGACAACUCGCCGACAAAUGGAGCACGAGGGACUGGGGAUGCGGUGCUGUCGCGACGCGACGUGCUGGGGCGGGAAGAGCGCGGAGGGCGAAUUCGAACAUUCCUCGUGUCGUCCAUCCUGUGCAACAUAUAUGAAAGCG